GGGCGGACUCACGCUGCACUUUAGGGAGCGGCGGGGCUCGGUAUCUGCAGAGCUGAGAGGAGGUUGGCGGCGGCGGUGUGAGGCUGUCACCAUGUCCCUGCAGGCUGAUUUUGAUAGAGCUGCAGAAGACGUGAGGAGGCUGAAAACAAAGCCAGAUGAUGAAGAACUGAAAGAACUCUAUGGGCUCUACAAACAGUCUAUAAUUGGAGACAUUGAUAUUGAGUGUCCAGCAAUGUUAGAUUUAAGAGGCAAAGCUAAAUGGGAAGCAUGGAACCUCCAAAAAGGGUUGUCAAAGGAAGAUGCCAUGAGUGCCUACAUUUCCAAAGCAAAAGAGCUGAUAGAAAAAUAUGGAAUUUAGCAUUCAGCAUAUGAGAAAGUCUUCCUUCUGAAGCCUUCACAAUGGUAUCAUGACCUAACAUUUAGGGUAGAAAUUCACUGUUAAUUCUUUAUGUAUCAUGAAUAUGUUUUCUAUUAACAUGAAUUGUAACCCUUAACUAGAGGUAGGCUGAAACUAUAUUUAACGAAAUUUUACUCUCUAAUUCCACGUGAUUUUCAAAAUUGUUUUAAAUGGCAGUAUGUGCACAAAAACAUUAACAAUUCUUAGGUUUUUUUGACUGAUCUGUUUUUCUACAGAGUCUUACUGGUGUAUAAUCAAAACAGUUUAUUAAUAACCAAUAACAAGGAGAAACUUUGUUGCACUGUGCAGCUUUGGGGUUCACCCUGAUGUAGGGCCUUGACAGUCACAGGCGUACCUGUCCAGUCUGUACUCGGUGAUUUAUUUCCUUGGUGACCUGAGGUUGAGCCUCCUCUAUAGACUAGGGAAAAAGAUAUCUGCCUCACAGGAUUAUAAGAAUUGAAUAAGGUAAUGGUAAUUCUUCAACCGUCAUUUUUUUUUAGGUUGAAUAACCAUAGUUUAAUAUUAUGACAGUUCGGGUUUUGGAAGAGCAUCAGUUCAUCCUGUAUCUACAACUACAAGACUACAGAUUGUUUCUGAGGUGGUAUUUCAGUAGCAUGUGUAGUUCUUUGAUGUAGUGAAAUGUCUUUUUAAAGUUGACCCUGUAUGUUUUACAUAUUCAGAAAUCAAGCUCCUGUGGGUGGACUACUUGGAAUGGUUCAGUAAAAGCUAUAACCUCAGUUUUCAAAUCCUCAGAUCUGUGACCUGUCUCAUCACUGACAGUGAUACUAGAAGAAUCCCAAUCUUCUCUGGAUGUUUGUGUUGCUUUCUCUCCUACUCUUUUAUAACCAAGAGAGUCUUCUGCUUCCAGGGCUCCAGGUGAGGGUAUUUUCCAAGAUAAUCUCUUUGAGCUGCAGCUCCAGAAAAAUUAUCAAUGUGCUGCUGUGGAAGACUCUCAGAGGAACUCUUGGUAUCACAAUCUAAGUCUUCAUCAUAUGAUGCAGGCCAUGAACUAAGACUGCCAAGUCAUCUGGAAAUAUUGCUUAAAGAGCCUUCUUCAGAAUGCUCAUUCUCUGGAGAAGACUUUCAAUAAUUAUAUCUAAUACAAACUUAUCUACAGCAGUCAUGAGUGCUGUUCUUUUAUACUUAUCAAGAGCAUGUGCAUUUGCUCCUUGAGUUAGUAAAUACUCUACCAUUUGAUUAUAUUUUUCACUUAUAGCAAGCAAAAGCAGUGUGAGGUCUUCCUUGUUCUUCACCUCGAUGUCUGCAUUGUGUGAAAGGAGCUGUGCUGCUGUUAUUAAACUCUGACAACAAGCUGACUGUGGAGAGCAGUGUUGCCAUCGUGACUCACAUUGGGAUCGGCACCAUAGUCUAGAAGAAUAUGUGCACAUUCUCCUUGCUGGCAUUGCACAGCCUUAAUCAGGGGUGUUCUCUUUUGGUUGACAAAGAUGUUAAGCUCACAUUUCCUCUAUACCAGGAUAUUUACCACUUCUGCAUGGCCUUUGGCACAGGCCAAAUAUAGAGCAGUCCCAGCACCCGCACUUGGCCUCUCUCGAGGUCACUGCUUCUUUGGCAUCGUGCCCACUGGGCCAGGGCUCCAGACCCAGAUGCAGCCCUGCCCACAGCAAUCACACAGAGGCUUCUCCCCAUGCACGCGGCCAACUGGGUCAGACCAGAGGCUACCCACUCCCCGCAGUUGACUGGCACAGACAGGAGAGACUGGCAGAGUCCAGAAAGCACAAAGGGGCUUUAUUCACACAGCAAACACACGCUUCUCGCCUGCAACACCCGCCAGUGCCCUAGGCCAUCCCAAAGGCCGUCCCGCACAUGGCAGCUCAGGGGAUUAACCCAGAUGCUGCCGCCUGUGCAUAGUUGAUGGGCACAGAAAGAGGAAGUCUGCACAAAGUCCAGGAAGCACGUAGGGACUCUGUUCUCGUGGUGAAUACGUGCUGAUCACCUGGAACCACCAUGAGUGCCCUAGGCCAUCCCAAGGGCCAACCUGCCCAUGGCCGCUCAGAGGAUUAACCCAGAGGCUGCUCCCUGAGUUCAGUUGACCAGCACAUUCAGCAGAGGAGGGCAAGGUGACCAGCAAACAGGAAGGGACUUUGUUUUCCCAGCUGACACAAGCGCC